AUGCAAAUCAAUUUCUGCUGUGGAUCGGAAUUCAGAUAUAUAUAUAUAUAUAUAGAUAAUUUAGCUCUUUAUUACUGGUUCACUUAUGAGUGA